AUGGACUUUUCUAGGACCUACUUGUUUGUGUUGUUCACCACUCUUCUCUUGCUGUCCUCUUCUUGUUUCGGUGAUCAAGGGUCUGCAGACAUUGAUCUGAAGAGGCCAAUCAAACGUGCUGAUCAACAUCCUCUCCUCAAGGAUUGGAUCAAGAGGCAGGUCCUUUCUGGCCCAAACCCUUUACACGACAUGUUACCACCAAAGGUUGAUGAUGCAAAAAAUUAUCGUAUCUUGAAUGAGGUGCCUUCCGGUCCAAAUCCUUUGCAUAACAUAUUGCCACCACAGUUGGAUGAUCCUACAAAUCAUCAAAUCUUGAGGGAAUUACCUUCUAGUCCAAAUCCUUUACAUCACAUCCUCCCCCCGCAGCAAAAAUUUGAUGACCCUGCAAAUCAUCAAUUCUUGAGGGAGGUUCCUUCCGGUCCAAAUCCUUUACAUGACAUCCUCCCCCCGCAGCAAAAAUUUGAUGACCCUGCUGUUUGUGCAAAUAAUCUCACGGGAGAAUAUUCGCUUCUAGAUCCUUCAACCUUCGAUCUUCCUUCUCUCUCUUCCUCGAUUCCUGUAAAACAUAUUGGAGGUGUGAACCGGGCGGCCGGAGCCGUGUGUGGUGGCCGGAGCCGUGUAGAGAAAAUAUGGAGAGUGGAGAGGGAGAAAGAGAGAGCUUCGGGUAUUUUUCUCGGGGAGGUUCGUUCCGGUCCAAAUCCUUUGCAUCACAACGUUCCCCCGCAGAAAAAGUUGGAUGAUCCAGAAAACUAUCAUCUCACGAGGCUUGUGCCUACUGGCCCGAAUCAGGAAGAGUCUCCUGAGGAACCACCAGAAUUCGAUGAUAGUCCUGCACACUAUCAUCAAAUGAGGGUUGUACCUACUGGCCCAAAUCAAGAAGAGUCUCCUGAGGAACCACCAGAGUUGGAUGAUAAUCCUGCAAAUUAUCAUCUCAAUAGGCUUGUGCCUACCGGCCCAAAUCGGGCAGAGUCUCCCGAGGAACUGCCUUCAAGAGUACUGUCUGGUCCGCCUCCACAACCUUCGCCUGUGAAAGCCAAUCUUCUGAAACUCCGUUCAAGACGCUUAUUGGGUAUUCCUAUAUAG